AAUAUAAAUAGAACAGAUUGAUGGAUUGUCCUAUAAAUUACAGAGAAAUAGAGAGUGGAGAAGAUUCAUAGAUUGGAGUCGAGAUUAUAUUAUUGUUGAUAAAACAAUAAAGGAAAGAAUCAAAGAAUCUCCCAAUUCAAUUUUCUAAUUUUGGAAAUUUUAUUUCCAAUUUUGGGGUUUUAUUAAUAUCAUCUAAUCUAAUUUCUGUAUCUGGGUAAUGCUAUCUGAGCAUAUAUGGGCUGAGUUGGACAUUUCAUGGGAGUUGUAGAGGAUAAUGAGCCGCCUUUGAAACGUGUAAAGUUGCCCCUUGGAGAAUCCAAAAGUUUUUCCGGCCACUCGUCUGUUACAGGUCCAUUAGCUUGCUCUUUGGGAGACUUGAUGGCUAGGCCACUAACCUCCCAAGGGGAUGGAGAAACAAUCGGUUCAAGAGGAGUCAUUAAGAAAUUGGAAUUUGUUAAAAUUAUAACUAGGGCAUUGUACUCACUUGGCUAUGAGAAGAGCGGGGCUCUUUUGGAGGAAGAAUCGGGAAUACCCUUGCACUCACCUGUAGUAAGCUUGUUUAUGCAGCAAGUAGUCGAUGAACAAUGGGAUGAGAGUGUGGCCACCUUGCAUAAAAUUGGUAUUCUGGAUGAAACAACUGUCAAAAUGGCGUCUUUCUUGCUUUUAGAGCAGAAGUUCUUUAAACUUCUGAAAUUGGAUAAUAUUGUUGCGGCCCUAGAUACUCUAAGGAAUGAGAUAGUGCCACUUCGCAUUAAUUUGAACCGCAUUCACGAGCUUGCUGCCUGCAUUGUCUCUCCUUCACGGUGUUUGGUCUUUUGUCAGGAUACCGAGGCUGCAAAUUCUAGGUCAAAGAUUCUAGAAAAAUUACAGAAACUACUACCUCCUACUGUCAUGAUUCCUGAGAAACGGUUAGAACAUCUUGUCGAGAAGGCUCUUGACAUGCAACGUGAUGCUUGUGUUUUCCACAAUACUUUGGAUAGUGAUCUUUCAUUAUACUCAGAUCAUCAAUGCGGAAAAAACCAGAUUCCCUCUCAAACAAUGCAGAUUCUUGAAGCACAUGAUGAUGAAGUUUGGUUUUUGCAAUUUUCACAUAAUGGCAAGUAUUUGGCCUCAUCUUCUAAAGAUCAGUCCGCGAUUAUAUGGGAGAUUAAAGAGGACGGUAUAGUUUCACUGAAGCAUGCAUUAAAGGGUCAUCGAAAACCUGUGUUGACUGUAUCAUGGAGCCCUGAUGACAAACAACUCCUUACAUGCGGACAGGAAGAAGUUAUCAGGCGCUGGGAUGUCAGUUCUGGAGAGUGUGUCCAUGUUUAUGAUAAAUCUGGCAUUGGCUUAGUAUCCUGUGGAUGGUUUCCUGAUGGUAGGGGGAUAUUUGCUGGCAUGACAGACAAGAGCAUCUGCUCGUGGGAUUUGGAUGGAAAGGAGCUGGAAUGUUGGAAAGAGCAGAAGACACUAAGGAUAGCGGACGUGGCCAUAACUGAUGACGGGAAGAAGAUUAUAAGUAUGUGUAAAGAAAAUUCAAUAUUGUUGCUUGACAGGGAAACGAAAUCUGAAAGGCUGAUUGUAGAGGACGAAACAUUAACAUCAUUCUCGCUAUCAAAAGACAAUAAGUUUCUUUUGGUCAAUCUUUUAAAUCAAGAAAUUCAUCUGUGGGACAUAGAAGGGAGUCCUAAGAUUGUGUGCAAGUAUAAAGGCCACACACGUACUCGAUUUAUAAUCAGAUCCUGCUUUGGUGGAUUUGAGCAGGCAUUUAUUGCGAGUGGUAGUGAGGACUCUCAGGUGUAUAUAUGGCAUAGAGGCUCCGGAGAAUUACUGCUGGCACUACCAGGACAUUCAGGAGCUGUUAAUUGUGUUAGCUGGAAUCCAGAAAAUCUGCACAUGCUGGCUUCAGGUAGUGAUGACCGGACAAUUCGAAUAUGGGGCUUAAAUCACUACAGUCUGAAGCAGAGAGACCGGAGUAAUGGCACUGCUCAUUCCUGCAACGGAAAAAGUUAAAACAUCCGGAGAACAGUUAUUAAAUUCCUUGGAAGUUACGGAGAUUAUAAUGUUAAAAGUUAAUAGACAUUUGUUGUAAGACUUGGAAACAAUUACUUGUGUUCAUGGCAUGUGAUAGCCGGCAAAAUGGCAUGAUUUGUUAGCCUGUUAUCUGCCAAAGGGAUAGAAAUUUAAUCUUCUGCUGAAGGUCAAAUCCUUGGAUUAUGUUUCUCUUUCCCUGGAAAAGUCAUGGCCUUGAAUGUUGCACCUAAUGCAUCCUUCUGAAAUUACUUCGCUUUCA